AGUGGCCGAUGUUUCCCAGUCGGGUUCAGGGUUUAGAGCAGUUGGGGUUAAUUUCCGCCCAGUCGUGUCCGCCUAUAUUAAGUACUUCUCAACUUUUCUCCGCCGAAAGACGUCGUCAUGUCCAACAACAAUGCCAGCAACAACUUAAUAAUCGCUCAGAGGGCCGUCAAGCAGCUCCGGUUAGAGGCCAGUCUCCGGAGGAUCAAGGUGUCCCAGGCUGCUGCUGAGCUGAGAAACUUCUGUCUGCAAAAUGCCUCCAAGGACCCCCUCCUGGUCGGCGUCCCCUCCAGCGAUAAUCCCUUCAGACCCCCCAAAUCCUGCUCCCUGUUCUGAGCAGAAAGGCAGGUUGGGGAUUUCUGGAUUUAUCCGUCAAAGUCUAUCUUCACUUCUUGAUGUCGUCGUGGACCGAGCCAGCAGCUCCUCAUGGGAUGAUGCAACAUAGGACUGAUGAGUUCAAGGAGGGAACUUUCCCACUUGUUUGCCAAAACUAAUGGUAUCAUAACUCCCAUAUGUUACAUUAAAGCAGGGCCAAACUCUAUAGAACAUGUUAAAAAAAAGUUGUUUUUGACACUAACUUGACUAAUAAUUAAGCCGUUCUUGGUUUACCUUGUACUUUAACAUGCCCAGUCUAAAUUUACUGACCUAAUGGUGUCUGUCUCCAGUCAGUGAACUUCAGCCCAUGUGAUUGGCUACUGAAAGUGCAACUCCCUCUUGUGUUUUGUGUGAAACAAUCAAACAUUAAUUUAAAACAGGUGCUGUUCAAGAAUUGUGUUAUAUACACUGUAUUUCAUAUUGUGGCCAACAGACAGUACUGAUAGUUACUGAGCUAAACUGAUGUGUCUUAAACAUGUAUUAGUGGCGAUGGUAAAGGUGUUACUACUAAUCUGAGGUACAACAUGGUACAGAAUUGAACCCUAUCAGUGCAGGGCAUGUGAUUUUCUAUUAACCGUCUUUUUUCUGUAUGUAUUUAACAGCCUGUUGAGGUUGCUUUUACCAGCCUGUAUGUUCCUGUCUUUAAUUAAAAAAAAAACAAAGCAACACAUCAAGCCUUACAAUAUUUGGGUUGUGCAACCUGGUGGCAAAUAGGCCUCACGUUGAAGAAAAAACAUACACAUUGCCAAACAGCAAAUGUUCAUUUAUCUGUUCAAAACUUCCAAAUGUUGUUUGUAUGUAAUGAAUCAUGCUGCAGUGACUAACUACAUCAAUUGUUUUCAACACUGGAAUCAUAUUCCAAUCAACCAAAAACUUUUACUACUGUUGGCCUGUAUCUUUCUUAACUCUGCCACUGUGAGCAACCUUUUAGAAAUUAAAUUACUUUUUCGGACACCGAC